GAGGGCACCUACUGAGACAGCCCGAUGCCAGUGCCAGUCUAGGGUUGCAGCAGACAUGCAGCCCCUCGACCUGCCUAGGAGUACCCACCUGGAGAGCCUGGUCUAUGCAGCCCUGCCCUGUCUGCUACUAGCACUGCUGGGUCUGCUAGAGGCAGCUAGCAGUUGUCCCACUGUGUGCAUCUGCAACAGCAACGGCACAGACUGUACAGGCCUGGCUCUGCUCUCCCUAACCACCGUCCUGCCCCUGCUGCCCCAGGACACCCGCACCCUCCGCCUGCCCCACAACAACCUAUCCUCCCUGGGCGACGGGGACCUAGCCAACCUCAGCACUCUGGAGCUCCUGGACCUCUCCUAUAACCACCUCUCCAGCCUGCAACCAGGGUCUUUCUCUGGCCUCAGCGGCCUCCAGUGGCUCAACCUCUCUGGGAACUACCUGGGUGACCGCCCCCUACUUACCCCUACAGACCCCAGUAACCAGACAGAGGUUACCCAGUGUAACGGUAGUCGCUGGGGGUUGAGCCGAGAGCUGUUCCAGGGUCUGUGGAUAUUGAAAGGGCUGGACUUGUCCCUGAACGGCCUGGUAGUUUUGCCCAAGGGCCUGCUGGACGGGCUCCAGGGCCUGGCCUGGCUGUCUCUGACUGGGAACAAGCUGCGGAGCCUAGACAGAGCCACCUUCCAGCCCCUGGGCAGCCUGCUGAGCCUCCAACUGGCAGGCAACCCUUGGGAGUGUGACUGCAACCUGAGGGACUUCAAGCACUGGAUGGAGUGGCUGCUGUACAGACACGGGCGGGUGGAUGCUGUGAAAUGCAACCUACCCAAGGAGCUGAGGGGGCGGGACAUCCGCAGCAUCCCCAUAGAGAUGUUCAACUACUGCCUGCAGUUGGAGAACAAGGACAGGGUCCCUGGCUACGACGGGCCCCGAGGUGGGAGCCCACCCUGCGUCGGUCGGAUCAACGUGCCCAUGAACGGGCCCCAGGCCAACCAAGAGGACUGCGUGCGCCAGCGCUACCGGCCCAUGAGCGUGCGCAGGGCCUGGGGCACUCAGAUGGUGGCGGCGUGUGUGUGUGGCGUGGUGUGUGUGAUGAUGGUGGUGGCGGCCACCUACGGCUGUAUCUAUGCCUCUCUCAUGGCCAAGUACCAGAGGGAGCUGAAGAACAGGUGGCAGCCGCUGAUGGCCGGCGAGGGAGGGGGGGAUACAGACGUGGAGGACGGAGCCUUUCCUUCCUCCCCAACAUCGCCAGGUGAGCCAGAACCAAAGGAGUCCAGUCCCAUAGUCCACGCAUACAGAAUUACAGGCUUUUGACCUUUGUUUCUCUGACUGGCUGAAAUUCCUGUUGGAAGGAUUCAGGGGGGCUGUAUACCCUAACUGCAUAUCUUACUACUCAGUGCUUCACGGCAUUCAAGAGGAGGGAAUGUAUGGAGCUGAGAAAGCAUAUCUCCGCUGCACUUUGCUGGUGUUGGAGGCAUACCGACAUGAUCGUACAGAUGAUCGUAGAGAGGAAAAUGGAAAACUGGAACGCUGCAUUGCUUCAAGACGUGUAAAUGCUCUGUGAUUUGUUCUUUAGUCAGCUCUCCAACUGUGUGGUGGAGGUUCUGGCACUUCUGCACCUUGGUUCAAAGACUUUCCUAGAAAUUGUCUUUGAAAUCCAUUAUAUUGUACGCCUAUUCCUUGAUCCGACCUUUGUCAAAGUUCUUUGUGUUUUAAGCAAACAAUACCAAUAGAUCAUAGAUCAAGUCAACAUUGAAUAUCCCUGUCUAAUGUAAUGUAACUGCUCCUAAUGUUUUGCUAUAAAAGUCCAGGUUAACAAUCCAAGUAGUGGUUGUCGCUCAAAUAGUUAUAGUAGACAUGAAUGUACAAGAAUAUAAUAGACAUGAAUGUUCUGUGUAAUCAGUGUUAGACAGAUGCAGUCUUGUGUAUUAGACCUGUGCUCAUGUGCAGUGGCUCAAUCCUCUCUCUACUAAAUUAAUAUUCCAAUUCAUAUCAAUGUUCAUAUCUGUGCAGAGUAAGCCUGCUUUUAAUGCUCCAAAGCCAUACAACACAACAGCACACUACUGACCUCUAGAGGAUAUUAUGAUAACAGCAGCUAAAGAGAGUCAGUACCAUGGCUAGCAGCCAUAUUCAUUACGAACUGAAUCUAGUUGGCAACUAUUUCCAUUUAACCAUUUUGAACUGUCAAAGAGAUCAGCACUGACCUAAAAAUAGGUACAUAUAUCAGUAUCUCAUUAGUCCUUUAACAGUUAUUUCUGUCUCUAUG